AUGGCCACCUACGUCAUCGGCGACGUCCACGGCUGCUUCGACGCCCUGGCAAGACUGCUCGACCAGAUCGCUCUGGACUAUGACCACGACGACCUAUGGCUGACCGGCGACUUGGUCAACCGCGGCCCCAAGUCGUUGCGGGUGCUGCGCUGGGCCCGAGCGACUCACCAGCGCAUGGGCGACCGCUUCGUCGCCGUGCUGGGCAAUCACGACCUCCAUCUGCUGGCAUGCGCUCGAGGGCUUGCCAAACAACGGGCGAAGGACACUCUGGAGCGGGUGCUGAAGGCCAAGGACCGAGACCAGCUGCUGAGCUGGCUAACUAGUCGGCCGCUGCUUCACCGGCAGCAGAAGACCCUGCUGGUCCAUGCCGGUUUGCUGCCCGAGUGGAAACCCAAGCAAGCUGAGCAGCUCGCCAGAGCGAUCGAACAGCGGCUGCGAGGCGACCAGGCAGAUCCGCUGCUCUCCUUUCACCCCUCUAACCCCUCGGCGGAGCUCGACUCGGAAACCGAGCCGCUACGAGCCGCGCUGGCCGUCAUGACACGCUUGCGCACCCUCGACCCACAGGGUCAGCCAAACAGCUACUCAGGGCCACCCGCGACCGCGCCCAAAGGACAUACGCCUUGGUUCGAGAUUGCCGGCCGAGGCAGCCUCAAGGCCGAGGUGAUCUGUGGCCAUUGGGCGGCCCUGGGAGUCCACCUGGCACCGGGAAUCAGCGCCCUCGACAGUGGCGCCGCCUGGGGCGGCCGCCUGACCGCGCUGCGGCUAGAGGACCGGCGUUUGUUUCAGGUCGAGGCCCUGGAAACCCGGCGUUGA